UAGAACCCACGCUGCUAUAAAAUCCCUCAAGCGCCGGCGCUGCUUGAACAUUUUAUUUCUUUUCCUUCUUUGCGCCCUUUGGUUCAGGCAGUGAGCGACUUCGGAGCUUUGCGCUCACUUUUGCUGGCGAAAAGCUCUUGCUUUUCCUAUUAAACGAGUGUUUUUUUCUGGUUUCCGCUUUUGUCAUAGACUUUAAUACCAAUAAUUUUCGCCCAUCGCCCUUCCAUUUUGUUUGUGUCGCACCAUCGUCAUGUCGACCUUCUACGGGAGUGAGAAGACACCGGUGACUGCCGAGGUCCAGCCCCAGCGCACAACUCCGCUGGAAGAGAAAAAUGAACAGCUUCACUCAGUGACUGAGUCGCCAGCGACGGGCUCGCAGGGCCAGGCAGAGGAACAGCAGCAGGACCCGCAGGAGGGACGAUUUCGACAACUUUUCCGUUAUAUGCGCACUCGAGAUUUCUGGUUACUCAUCUUGCUAGGUCAGAUCAUUGCGCUCGCAAACAUCAGCUCCUCCACCUUUUCCAGUCUUCUGUCCAAUGAAGGAACCAGUAUCCCCGCGUUUCAGACUCUAUGGAACUACGUGCUCCUCAACCUGGUGUACACAAGCAUUACCAUUUACAAGUACGGCUUCAAGAAAUGGUUUCGGAUGCUGUACACCGAUUGCUGGAAGUACUUCAUUCUAUCCUUCCUCGAUGUUGAGGGCAACUACUUUAUGGUGCUGGCCUACCGCUACACUUCGCUGCUGAGUGCCGAGCUUUUCAGUUUCUGGACCAUCGUCGUGAUUGUGAUCGUCUCGUUCACCUUCCUGCGUGUGCGGUAUCACUUCACACAGUAUUUGGGGAUUUUCCUAGCUUGCGGCGGUCUCGGUCUCCUCAUCGCAUCGGAUUACCUUCGUGGAGCUGAUUAUGCCGCAUCGAACAAAGUUAAAGGAGAUCUGUUUGCUUUGCUUGCGUCCACUAUUUACGCUUUCAGCAAUUUAUUUGAGGAAUUCAUGGUCUCGAAGCGUCCCAUGUACGAAGUGAUCGGCCAGAUGGGUUUCUGGGGUAUGUGGAUCAACGGCGUUCAGUGCGCCAUCUUUGACCGGAGCUCUUUCCACAGUGCCACGUGGAAUGGCAAGGUUGGAGGUUAUAUCGCCGGCUACACCAUCGUUCUGUUCAUCUUCUACACGUUAGCUCCGAUCAUGUUCCGUAUUUCGUCGGCCGCGUUCUUCAACAUUUCCAUGUUGACGAUGAACUUCUGGGGCUUGAUCAUCGGUAUUCAGGUCUUUCACUACACCGUUCACUUCCUGUACCCGAUCGCUUUUGUGCUGAUUGUGGUCGGUCUCUUUGUCUAUUUCAUUAAAGAGAGCAAACUGGGCGAGUCGGCCAAGCCGUGGCUGGGUGAGAACCAGGAACUCGGUGUUGAUGGUGUGGGUACCGCUCGUCGUGCGCAGAAUACUGGCCAUGCUCUUGUUUAGAUCAUUCCGGAGGACCGGACUAUGGUCGUUGGAUGCAAGGUGCGAAGCCGCGAUUGACGUAAUGUGCCGUGUUAAAAGUUCCUCGUGUUUAUUUUCUUUUCUUCCUUUUAGCCUGCCUUUAUAUGCUAUAUGUACUAGAAUUAAGUAAUUACGCAACCAUGACAGAAGGAUUACGAUGACAUGAAUCGUUUCUUGCCUACCUUCUUUGGUCUCAAGCAUUCGGAGGAUUUAAUUCUUGUUUCGGCCAGCAACCAGAUGCCAGGUCCACCAAGUUACCCAGCUGUUGUAGAGGGGAUGAUAGGUGAGAAGGCUAAGGUUGUUGGCGUUCAAGAGCCUGGUGAGACCCCGGAGCUUACAAUGAAUGGAAGUAGGUUUGAUGCUUUAUAAAUCAAAAAUUGUCG